AUGAGUGAGCAUCAUGACUUACCACCUCCCCCACCACCUCCUCCGGGGCUCGAUGCUGACAGAGAUAUGGAUAACGAACCUUCUAAUGAGAAUUUUGUACUACCGCUACCUCCGCCUCCAGGAUUUGAUGAAAAUGGACCAAUAGAUGAUGAUCAAUUGUUACUACCUCCACCUCCAGGAUUUAGUGAAAAUGGCCCAGUAGAUGAUGAUCAAUUUUUACCACCACCUCCUCCAGGUUUAGAUGCUAUGGAACUUGAUAAUGAAAAUUAUUAUGAUCGAGAUGAGUCGUCUAUUAAAGUUCCUCCACCACCUUCGAUAACACCAAAUGCCAUUCAAAGUGGAACUACCAUUACUAAUAAAAGAUCUUUCGAAAAUAACUCUACAAUUAUAACUGAUAAUAAAAAGAGAAAAAAAUUGAGUAAGAAAAAUCACAGAGCUAAUAAAUACUUUCAGAAGGUAGAUAUGCCUCCUGAACAUCUCCGUAAAAUAAUAGAAAGCCACUCAGAUAUGGCUUCUAAAAGAUUUGAUUAUGAUAAACGUGCGUUUUUAAAUGCCCUAAAAUAUAUGCCACAUGCAGUUUUGAAAUUGUUAGAAAACAUGCCGCAACCAUGGGAACAAGUUAAGGAAGUAAAAGUUCUUUAUCAUAACUCUGGUGCAAUUACAUUUGUUAAUGAAAUACCAAGAGUAAUUGAACCAAUAUAUGUUGCUCAAUGGUCUACUGUAUGGAUUGCAAUGAGAAGAGACAAGCGUGAUAGAACCCACUUCAAGCGUAUGAGAUUUCCUCCAUUUGAUGACGAUGAGCCUCCACUGUCAUAUACUGAGAACAUUCAAUAUACUGAACCUUUAGAUGCAAUUAACUUAAAGCUAGAUAACAAAUAUGAUAGAGAGAUUAAGGAUUGGAUUUAUGACUCAAAACCUUUACACGAUACUGCAAUGGUGAAUGGUACCUCAUAUAAAUCUUGGAAUGUGAAUAAUAAAAUAAUGUCUAAUUUACAUCGAUUAUCUACUCCAUUGAGAAAUGAGGUACUGGAUAACAAUUAUUAUUAUUUAUUCGACAGAAAGUCUUUUUUUACAUCUAAGGCUUUGAACAAUGCCAUACCCGGAGGCCCAAAAUUUGAACCUUUAUACAAGGAAGAAGAAGAGGAAGAUUUUAAUGAAUUUAACUCUAUCGAUCGAAUUAUAUUUAGAAUACCAAUUCGAAGUGAAUAUAAAAUUGCAUAUCCACAACUUCACAACUCACGCCCAAGAUCAGUCGCAACAAAUUGGUAUCACGAUCCAAUAUCAUGCUUAGUUAAAAAUUUAGAUAAUAAUGAAGAUGUAGAGAAGGUAAAUUUGUUUAAAUUUAAUAAAUCUUUCAAUCCACUUAUUGCAAAAUCAAAAAGACAUAAGGUACAAACUGAUGAAGAAGAGAUAGAUGAUUUUUUCCUUUCCGAGGACUUUUCUCCCCUUCUAAAUAAGGAAAAUAUUGACGCUACUGAUGCUACUACUUCUGUUAAUUUAUAUAAUUCAUCAUAUCCAUUUAAUAGAACACAGGGUAAACUAAUCCGCGCACAAGAUGUACCUUUAAUAAAAAAAUGGUAUUUACAGCAUCCAGAUGAAAAAUAUCCUGUUAAAGUAAGGAUAUCAUACCAAAAAUUAUUAAAAAAUUUUGUAAGGAAUGAGUUAAAAAAAGGCCCUAAUAAAAGUAGAAAUAAGACUAAAUUAAUCAAGAGUUUAAAAAAUACUAAGUAUUUUCAACAAACUACAAUCGACUGGGUAGAAGCAGGACUACAAGUUUGCCGACAAGGUCAUAAUAUGCUAAAUUUAUUAAUUCAUAAAAGGGGUUUAACAUAUUUACAUCUGGAUUAUAAUUUCAAUUUGAAACCGACGAAGACUUUAACCACUAAAGAGAGAAAAAAGUCUAGAUUUGGGAACGCAUUUCAUUUAAUGAGAGAAAUUCUGAAAGUUAUUAAGUUAUUAGUUGAUGCCCACGUUCAGUUUAGAUUAGGUAACGUAGAUGCAUUUCAGCUAGCUGACGGUAUUUAUUAUAUUCUAAACCAUUUGGGCCAACUGACUGGUAUAUAUCGUUAUAAAUACAAAGUAAUGCACCAAAUCAGAGCAUGUAAGGAUUUGAAACAUGUCAUUUAUUAUCGUUUCAAUAAAGUAAUAGGCAAAGGCCCUGGUUGUGGUUUUUGGCAACCAGCCUGGCGAGUGUGGAUUUUUUUUAUGAGAGGUAUAAUUCCAAUUCUAGAAAGAUGGCUAAGCAAUUUACUAACUCGUCAAUUUGAAGGCCGCUCAAAUGAAAUAGUAAAAACAACCACUAAACAAAGAGCUGAUGCAUAUUACGAUUUGGAAUUGAGGGCAUCUGUAAUGAAUGAUAUUCUGGAAAUGAUUCCUGAAGGAAUAAGACAAAAUAAAGCAAGGACGGUGCUACAACAUUUAAGUGAAGCAUGGAGGUGCUGGAAAGCUAAUAUCCCUUGGGAUGUUCCUGGUAUGCCUAAACCUAUCAAAGAUAUCAUUAGUAAAUAUCUGAAAGCCAAAGCUGAUGGAUGGAUAUCUACUGCCCAUUACAACAGGGACCGAAUUCAGCGUGGAGUCCAUGUAGAAAAAACUGUGGUUAAGAAAAAUUUGGGUAGAUUAACGAGAAUAUGGUUAAAGGAGGAACAGGAGCGUCAGCAGAACAUUGAAAAAAAUGGCCCUGAAAUCUCACCUGAUGAAGCGGUCGGAGUAUUUUCCAACAUGGUAGAAUGGUUGGAAUCUCGAAGUUUUUCACCAAUUCCUUUCCCUCCACUAUCCUAUAAGCAUGAUACAAAAAUAUUGGUUCUUGCUUUAGAGAAUUUAAAAUCUUCAUAUGGGUCAAAAGUACGUCUCAAUGCCUCAGAAAGAGAGGAAUUAGCUCUUAUAGAAGAGGCGUAUGACAAUCCACAUAAUACUUUGAACCGUAUCAAGAAAUUUUUACUCACUCAAAGAGUCUUUAAGCCAGUUGAUAUAAGCAUGAUGGAUCAUUAUCAAACUAUAUCACCAGUUUAUAAAAUCGACCCCCUUGAAAAGAUAACGGAUGCUUAUCUGGAUCAAUAUCUGUGGUAUGAAGCUGAUCAGCGAAAGCUAUUUCCUAACUGGAUCAAACCUAGUGAUUCAGAGAUCCCUCCGCAAUUAGUUUACAAAUGGUGUCAAGGCAUUAAUAAUAUUGAUAAUAUAUGGGAUACGUCAGAAGGCCAGUGCGCUGCAAUGUUUGAAACUAGCCUUGGUGAAAUAUCCAAUAAGAUCGAUUUUACUUUAAUGAAUCGUCUACUACGUUUAGUUUUAGAUCCGAACCUUGCAGAUUACAUGAUGUCUAAAAAUAAUGUCAUAAUAAAUUUUAAGGAUAUGAGUCAUAUUAAUAAAUAUGGCCUAAUAAAAGGGAUAGAAUUUACCUCGUUUAUUUACCAAUAUUAUGGCUUAGUAAUUGAUCUACUUAUUUUAGGUCUAGAAAGAGCUACUGAUAUCGCAGGAUCUCCUAGUUCUCCUAAUGAUUUUCUUCAAUUUAAAUCUCGAGCUAUUGAAAAUAAACAUCCAAUCAAAAUCUAUUCUAGAUAUAUGGAUAAGAUUCACGUACUAUUUCAUUUUAACGAAGAUGAUUCAGAAGAACUAACCUCUGAAUAUUUAUCAGAAAAUCCUGAUCCAAAUUUUGAAAACAGAAUAAGUUAUAAUAAUAAAAAAUGCUGGCCUCGUGAUGCUCGUAUGAGAUUAAUUCGACAGGAUGUCAACCUAGGAAAGGCUAUAUUUUGGGAAAUAGAAGGACGCAUUCCAUCAUCAUUAGCUGUCUUAGAUUGGAAAAACACUUUUGUCUCUGUUUAUAGUAAAAAUAAUCCAAAUUUAUUAUUCUCUAUGUGUGGUUUCGAAGUCCGGAUCCUACCAAAACAGAGAAUGGAUGAAAUUAUCUCUGAUGACGAAGGUGUUUGGGACUUAAUAAAUGUAAAAACUCAACAACGAAGUGCCAAGGCAUAUCUAAAGGUAACAGAGGAUGAGGUAACUAGAUUUGAAAGUAGAAUAAGAAGUAUAUUAAUGUCAUCUGGCUCUACUACAUUUACUAAAGUUGCUGCUAAAUGGAAUACUGCAUUAAUAUCAUUAUUUACAUACUUUAGAGAAGCUAUUAUUUCUACUGAAUCUCUUCUGGAUAUUUUGGUUAAAUGUGAAACACGUAUCCAGAAUCGUGUAAAAUUGGGAUUAAAUUCAAAAAUGCCUACUCGUUUUCCUCCAGCUGUAUUUUAUACUCCCAAAGAGCUAGGUGGUUUAGGAAUGAUAAGCGCUUCUCAUAUUUUAAUACCUGCGUCUGACUUAAAUUGGUCGAAACAAACAGAAAGUGGAAUUACACAUUUUAGAGCAGGUAUGACUCAUGAGGAUGAUAAAUUAAUACCUACAAUAUUUCGUUACAUUACCACAUGGGAGAAUGAACUUCUUGAUUCACAACGUGUAUGGUCUGAAUAUGCAACAAAACGCCAAGAAGCAAUAGAGCAAAAUAGAAGACUAGCUUUUGAAGAACUUGAAAACUCUUGGGAUAGAGGUAUACCACGUGUAAGCACAUUAUUUCAAAGAGAUAGACACACGCUGACUUAUGAUCGUGGCCAUCGUAUUCGUAAAAUUUUUAAACAAUUUUCAGUUGAAUUUAAUAGUCCAUUUUGGUGGACAAGCUCUCGCCAUGAUGGUAAGCUAUGGAACUUAAAUGCUUACCGUACAGAUGUAAUUCAAGCUCUUGGUGGUAUUGAAACAAUUCUAGAACAUACUCUAUUUAAAGGCACUGGCUUUAAUUCAUGGGAAGGUUUAUUUUGGGAGAAAGCGUCUGGCUUUGAAGAUUCUAUGCAAUUCAAAAAGUUAACCCAUGCCCAAAGAACUGGGUUAAGUCAAAUUCCAAAUAGAAGGUUCACUUUAUGGUGGUCACCAACUAUUAAUAGAGCAAAUGUUUAUGUAGGUUUCCAAGUUCAGUUAGAUUUGACAGGUAUUUUUCUUCAUGGUAAAAUACCUACACUAAAAAUUUCUUUGAUUCAAAUUUUCCGUGCCCAUUUAUGGCAAAAGAUUCAUGAAAGUGUUGUAUUUGACAUAUGCCAGAUCUUAGAUGGCGAAUUAGAUGCUUUACAAAUUGAGUCAGUUAAGAAAGAAGCCGUGCAUCCCAGAAAGUCUUAUAAAAUGAAUUCUUCAGCUGCAGAUAUUACCAUUAAGAGUAACUAUGAAUGGGAAGUCUCAAAACCAUCACUUUUACAUUCUAAUAAUGACAAUUUCAAGAAUAUAAAAACAACGAACAUGUGGUUUGAUGUGCAACUAAGGUAUGGUGACUAUGAUUCUCAUGAUAUUUCAAGAUACGUACGUGCGAAGUUCCUAGAUUAUACUACAGACAAUAUUAGUAUGUAUCCAUCACCAACAGGUGUAAUGAUUGGCAUUGAUUUGGCAUAUAAUAUGUAUGAUGUAUAUGGUAACUGGUUUAAUGGUCUAAAGCCCUUGGUGCAGAAUAGUAUGAAAACGAUAAUGAAAGCCAAUCCUGCUCUGUAUGUUUUACGUGAGCGUAUUAGAAAAGGGUUACAAAUAUAUCAAUCAAAUGUUCAAGAGCCAUUUUUGAAUUCCUCAAAUUAUGCUGAGCUUUUCAAUGACGAUAUCAAAUUAUUUAUUGAUGACACAAAUGUCUAUCGUGUAAUGGUUCAUAAAACUCAUGAAGGUAACGUUGCGACAAAGCCAGUCAAUGGGUUUGUAUUUAUGAUGAAUCCAAAGACAGGCCACUUGUUUUUGAAAAUCAUUCAUACAUCUGUAUGGUCAGGGCAAAAACGUUUGAGUCAAUUAGCUAAAUGGAAAACAGCUGAAGAAGUCAGUGCGUUAGUUAGAUCAUUACCCAAAGAAGAGCAACCAAAGCAGAUUAUUGCUACUAGAAAAGCAAUGCUGGAUCCAAUUGAAGUUCAUAUGCUUGAUUUUCCAAAUAUUUCAAUCAGACCUACGGAACUUCGACUACCAUUUUCUGCCUCCAUGGCAAUUGAUAAAAUAUCCGAUGUUGUAAUGAGAGCUACUGAACCCCAAAUGGUAUUAUUCAACAUAUAUGACAAUUGGCUGGAAAGUGUUUCUUCAUAUACAGCAUUUUCUAGAUUAAUUCUAUUACUAAGAGGACUCAAGAUUAAUGAAGAAAAAGCCAAAACUAUUAUCCUCGGUGAUCCAACAAUCUUAAUAAAGGAACACCAUUUAUGGCCCUCUUUCUCUGAUGAGCAAUGGAUCAAAAUUGAAGGCCAGAUGCGUGAUUUGAUUUUGAUGGAAUAUGGUAAAAAGUAUAACGUAAAUAUAUCUGCUUUAACUCAAACUGAGAUCAAAGAUAUUAUCUUAGGACAAAAUUUGAAGGCACCUUCUGUGAAGAGACAGAAAAUGGCUGAGCUAGCCGCAGCGAGACAAGAAUCUAAGGUUGGAGAAAGUGGCGCUGCUACUGUUAUGAAAUCUAAAACUGUUAACGCUCAAGGUGAAGAAAUCGUUGUCGUAACUUCUGCAAAUUAUGAAAAUCAAAGUUUUGAUUCAAAAAAUAAUUGGAGAGCAGCAAUGCUUUCAAACAAUUUAUUAUAUCUACGCUUGAAAAAUAUCUAUAUUCAUUCUGACGAUUUUAUUGAAGAAAAAGAAAUUUACGUUUUGCCAAGAAACCUACUAGAAAAAUUUGUGAAAAUAUCUGAUAUUAAAGUACAAGUCGGUGCAUUUAUAUUUGGGAAGUCUCCAGGUGGCCAUGACAACAUCAAGGAAAUCAAAACAAUUGUCAUAACCCCACAAUUAGGAAACAACAAAACAGUUCAACUUUCUGAAAUUCCUUCUUCAUCAUCUCAUCCCGAACUACAGGACCUAGAGUUGUUGGGAUGGAUGCAUACACAAACUGAACCAAUGAAAUUCAUGACAGCUCAAGAAGUUACUACUCACUCUCAUAUGUUUAAGACUAAAAAUAGUUCAGAAUAUAUAGACUUAACUGUUACUUUAGGGUCAGGUAGUGUGUCUCUUGCUGCUUAUAAUUUAACCAAAGAGGGAUUUGCAUGGGGAAUUGCCAACAAAGAUAAAAUAUCUGAUCUACCGGAAGGGUUUGACCCUUCCUUUAGCACACAUGCACAAUUAUUAUUUUCUGAUCGUAUAAUGGGUACUUUCCUAGUUCCUGAAUUUGAUCAAUGGAAUUACUUUUUAAUGGGUGCCAGAUUUGAUGCCACUCAGCCAACUGAAUACAAAGUUGGCAUUCCUAGUGAAUUUUAUGCUGAUAUUCAUAGAGCUACACACUUCCUACAAUUCAAUGAAUUUGCGACUGAUACUAACUUGGAAGCUGAACAAGAAGAUUUGCUUUCAUAG